AUGGGAGAAUAUGUGAUUAAACCCAUUGGACGUCAACUAAGCUAUCUCCUCUGCUACAACAGAAACAAAAACAAGCUCAAAGAGCAACUCGAAGCUCUCAAGACAGCUCGCAGGGAUGUGCAAGGACGAGUCCAAGAGGCAAGAAGCAACGCAUAUGCAAUCCGCGAGGAAGUUUCAAAGUGGUUGGCUGAUGCACACAACGCCAUCCAUGAUGAGCUAUCAUCAAAUUCUUCAAACCCAUCAGCCUUUAAUUUGGUGGAUAGAUACCAAUUAGGCAGAAAAACAAAGAAGAAAAUUGAAGCUCUUCAUGAACUCAUAGCCAAAAGAAUCAACUUUGUGGAAGUGGGCUACCCUGCACCGCUUCUAGAGACUAAGAACAUCAUUGUUCAUGGUGGGUAUCAAGUUCUGGAAUCCAAGAUUUCAAUGGCUAAACAAAUCAAGAAAGCACUUCAAGAGGUUAGCAGGGUUGGUGUUUAUGGCAUGGGAGGCGUUGGAAAAACUUACUUGCUUAAUGAAGUUAAGAAGAUGGUUUUGGAAGAAGUGUUUGAUCGAGUGAUUGAAGUGUUUGUAGGCCAAUCCAAUGGAGUUAUACAGAUUAAAGAACAAAUUGGAGAUGUUUUGAAUGUAAAAUUACCAAAGAGUAAGGAGGGAAGAACUUCUUUUCUAAGGAAUAAUUUGGCUAUAAUGGAAGAUGAUGUUAUUAUAUUGAAAGGGAAGCAUAUGAACCAUUGGAAGGAUGCUUUGAGCAAAUUAAGAAACUCCAUAGGAAUGGAUAUCAAAGGAGUUAGUGACAAAGUUUAUGCUUCAUUCAGAUUGAGCUAUGAUCAUUUAGUUGGAGAAGAACCCAAGUUAAUGUUCCUUUUAUGCAGUGUUUUUCACAGAUGA